CGUGACGCAAAAUCUAGCCAUGACUGACCUUCUUGAAAUACCGUUAUUUGCCUUCUCUUGUGUUCUCUGGCUCUUAGAAAAAGUCCUUCUCUUUCGAUCAUCAAUUCUUGUUUGGUUUCUAAGAAAAUUGCCAUGGAGAAUAAUAUUUCACCAAAGGAUAAGGAAGACGAGACAAGGGAAUGUAGCAGCAAGGAGUCAUGUGAGUGCAAGCCAGGAAAACCUGUUUCUGAUGAUAUAAUACCUCAUAUUCUCAACUUAUAUGGAUCUUGUGCCACACCUCGCGACUUUGAAAUCUAUGCUUCAAAUGCUUCCUUUGAAGAUCCACUCAUGUGUGCUCAUGGGGUGAAGCAGAUCAAGUCAGCAUUCUAUUCACUUUCUAAGAUAUUUAGCGAAUCAAGAAUUGUUGAAUACAGCGUGAAAGAAAAAGCAAUGUCACCGAAAAAGCAAGAGAUAUUAAUUGACAACAAGCAGAACUAUAAGUUCCUAGGAAGAAGUAUAGACAUGAUAUCACUCAUUAAGCUAUAUGUGGAGGAUGGGAAGGUUGUUCGCCACGAAGAUUGGUGGGACAAGAAGCCUCUAAGAAAUAGAGAAACAAUCAAGUUUCCAAUGGCUGGCCGCUUUAUGGAAACACUUCGCAGGGGAUCAAUGCUUGCAACUCAUGCUAUGAUGGGGUUCGGGAAGGACCCAACCAUGUAAAAUUACUCUUAGAAUCAAAAAGAUAUGUCGUGCUUUUCUUCUGCUUAAUUCGUGUUCAUGCCUGUAUUGGUGUUGUAUUUGUCGCUUAAUCACAUCAGCAAGCCAUAUAUUGCUGGCCGUUCUGCUUUAAAUUAGUAUUACGAGUAAUAAUCAGCAAUUACAAGUUUGUAUUCAAGUAAUGUAUAAUGUUUAGCAGCUUUACGUUCAAGCUCCA